CUCCUAAACCACAUCCACGCGUCCUCCUUCUCUGUCUGGAAACGGUGCUGCUUUGGUUUUGGACUGGGGGGGAAAUCCUUAACUGAGCUGCGUCACAAAUACGUCAAUAAAACUCUCAUUCACCAACGGUCAGGUACCACGGCGGCCGCCAUAUUCGCAGUCAUGGCAGGGUAAAAGCGGUGAAGCGUUCGUGGUCCCGGUCAACAACGUUAAGCAGUUUCCCUCUUCAUCACGAACCGACCUGCUCCUCUCAUCCCCCCCCCGUCCCUCCUGACGUACCGGUCGGCUAAAAGCCCAGGCAGCAGAAAACACGGACUUCCACAGGGAGAGAGGGAGAAAAGACAUGCAACGUGGAGAGGGGCACUAGGUGGACUACGAUGCCUUAGACGUGAAGGGAGGAAAUUCCUGGCAACAAGAUGGAGGUAAACAGCGUUAGCAGUGAGGUCAAUGGACAUCAGAUCAUGGACGAGCCCAUGGAGGAGGGAGAGUCAUUCUCAAACUGUGAUGAUGGGACGUAUAAAGAGAUUCCUAUCACCCACCAUGUGAAAGAGGGCUGUGAGAAAGCUGAUCCUUCUCAGUUUGAACUGCUAAAAGUCCUCGGUCAGGGCUCUUUCGGCAAGGUGUUUCUUGUCAGGAAGAUCUUGGGUCCAGAUGCUGGUCAGUUAUAUGCAAUGAAAGUAUUAAAAAAAGCAUCUUUGAAAGUCAGGGACAGAGUUCGUACCAAGAUGGAGAGAGACAUUUUAGUGGAAGUUAAUCACCCCUUCAUAGUGAAAUUGCACUACGCCUUUCAAACAGAAGGGAAACUGUAUUUAAUACUGGACUUUCUCAGGGGAGGGGAUGUAUUCACUCGCUUAUCCAAAGAGGUUAUGUUUACAGAGGAAGAUGUGAAAUUCUACCUUGCAGAGCUGGCUCUGGCCCUCGACCAUCUUCACAACCUGGGCAUAGUUUACAGAGAUCUCAAGCCAGAGAACAUCUUGCUUGAUGAAGCCGGACAUAUAAAGUUAACAGACUUUGGCUUGAGUAAAGAGUCAGUAGAUGCUGAUAAAAAGGCGUAUUCCUUCUGUGGUACGGUGGAGUAUAUGGCCCCUGAGGUGGUCAACAGAAGAGGACACACACAGAGUGCAGACUGGUGGUCUUUGGGAGUACUUAUGUUUGAGAUGUUAACAGGAACAUUACCUUUCCAAGGGAAAGAUCGCAAUGAGACCAUGAACAUGAUUCUCAAAGCUAAGUUGGGAAUGCCUCAGUUCCUCAGUUUGGAAGCUCAAAGUUUGCUGAGGAUGCUGUUUAAACGUAACCCUGCUAAUAGACUAGGGGCCGGGCCCGAUGGCGUGGAGGAGAUCAAACGCCACCCUUUCUUUUCCACCAUUGACUGGAAUAAGCUGUACAGGAGAGAACUGCAGCCCCCAUUCAAGCCUGCAGCAGGUAAACCAGAUGACACGUUCUGCUUCGACCCAGAGUUCACUGCUAAAACGCCUAAAGACUCCCCAGGUAUCCCACCCAGCGCUAACGCCCACCAGCUCUUCAAAGGCUUCAGUUUUGUUGCCCCGACCCCCAUGGAUGAGAACAAGAGCUCCCCGAUGCUCAGCAUACUCCCCAUCGUUCAGGUUCAUGGCGGUUCGGCCAAGUUCUCAGAUCUGUACGAGCUGCAGGAAGACAUCGGGGUUGGAUCUUACUCCAUCUGUAAACGCUGUGUAAACCGAGUUUCUGCCAUGGAAUAUGCUGUGAAGAUCAUAGAUAAAAGUAAGAGGGACCCCUCUGAAGAGAUUGAAAUCUUGAUGCGAUACGGGCAGCACCCCAACAUCAUCACCCUGAAAGACGUGUACGAUGAGGACAGGUAUGUGUACCUGGUGACAGAGCUGAUGAAGGGAGGGGAGCUGCUGGAUCGAAUUCUCAGGCAGAAAUUCUUCUCUGAGAGRGAGGCCAGUGCUGUGCUGUACACCAUCACCAAGACUGUUGACUACCUCCACUGCCAAGGCGUGGUACAUCGAGACCUGAAACCCAGCAACAUCCUCUACAUGGAUGACUCUGGGAAUCCUGACUCCAUCAGGAUCUGUGACUUCGGCUUCGCCAAGCAGCUUCGGGGUGGAAACGGUCUGCUGUUGACCCCCUGUUACACCGCCAACUUUGUGGCACCAGAGGUACUAAUGCGACAAGGUUAUGAUGCAGCCUGUGAUAUAUGGAGCCUUGGAGUUCUACUGUACACCAUGUUGGCAGGGUACACACCGUUUGCUAACGGACCAAACGACACGCCAGAAGAGAUUCUUCUACGGAUCGGAUCAGGAAAGUUCUCUUUGACAGGCGGGAACUGGGAUACUGUAUCAGACUCCUCAAAGGACCUGCUGUCUCACAUGCUCCAUGUAGAUCCUCACCAGCGAUACACAGCAGAGCAGGUUCUGAAGCAUUCCUGGAUCACGUGCAGAGACACGCUACCACACUUCCAGCUAACACGACACGAUGCACCACAUCUGGUCAAAGGAGCGAUGGCUGCAACCUAUUCAGCUCUGAGUCAGAAGACGAGUCAGCCGGUGUUGGAACCUGUAGCAGCGUCCAGUUUAGCCCAGAGACGCAGCAUGAAAAAACUCACCUCAACAGACAUGUAGACACACGUCUCUCGCCCUUCAACYUUCACCUCACGCUCGCCGACUCAAACACAGAGGAGCAAGCUCACACACUCACGCCCAAGUGUUGGCCAGUUCAAACAUAACGCCCCCCCCCCCACUUUUCUUACAAAUAUUUAUUUGAACACAUCCAGCAUCAGCACUCAGAAACACGCUCACACAGACAGCAGGGAAGUCGGUCGAAGACGUAGAGGAGAAACUCACAUAUCUGUUACUGCUGAGAGACGGACUCGUAUUUAUUUCCACAGCUCUCAUAUGCACUCGCCCUUCUCGCCUUUCAUUCGCUCUUCCUCCUUGUUGGGGGAAGAAACGCACCAGCUGAUGUUCUCCUUCACUGUGAUUGGCUGAUUCAAAGCUGCUUGGUUAAACUGUGCCCCCCACACCCUCACCCACUGCUCUUCAUCACCACUCUACCAUCCUCCUCCUCAGUUCUCUCUCUCCUCCCUGUGUUUGCUUUUUGUGUCUUGAAUUUCUUUUCUUCACAAUGAAGUAAAGAUUUCUGUUGAGGGUGGUAGAACAGAUGAUAUUGACUGAGGUACACUGUAAGACUGUUUACAUUCUGGGACUCAAAACAACAAAAUAAAGAAAUAAAAAUAUAGAAAUUCUGCUUAUGGCUGAAGUAUAAAGUACCUCAGGAUCAAAAUCAUUAUACCAGCACUUUUGGGAACAUAAAUGCAUGUUUGGACAGAAUCUGUAUUUCAUUUCCCUUAAACAAACAAAACUGCAUUUGACUCAUGUUACUUUGUGAUGCUGAAAAUGUAUCAGAAGGUAACAUAAGCUGCUGAUGGAUCUCUGAAAAUGCCAAGAAUAUGAAGGCACAACAGUGUGGUCGUGAUAGCAGAAAAAUAUUGUUUUGAGAAAAAAGAGAAAGAUUAUAUGUCUAUAAAUAUAAAUACAUGUGUGUGAUGUUGAUUAAAGAUGAAGAGCAUGUGGUGGAGGUGUAUGGAUUUCUCUGGUGGGGACGGGACGCACCCCGUCGAACCAGAGAGGCUGAAAUAAAGAAAAUAUUUCCAUCAAUCUCUCUUCAAAAAGACAUUGUGGAAAUUGUAUGAUAUUGUAUUUAUUUCAUUUGAUUUUAAAAAUUCUAUUUUUUUCUUUCAAGUUCUGUAUAUAUUGACAUUAAAGAUCAUUAUUGACAUGCA